AUGACCACGUCUACAGAAAAUUCGUUUUUUUCACGUUUCUAUGGCGUGGCACUUCUAGUCUUUGUAAACAUUUAUUUAUUCAUUGAUCUCGAUUUUAAAAGGCCACUUUUCUUCACCUACGCUAAGUCAUGCAUGUUAUCUCUUUUUUUGACUUUUUAUUGUUGUGAUUGCAGAAAGAAAUCUUCAGAAUCAGAAACUACAACAACUACUUCAAAAAACGGAAAAGCCUUCUAUUCUCGGUUAACUGAAAAUGAAAAUAGUAAUAGCAGCGCAGAAGAAACAGAAGAAGAAGAAGAGGACAUUUUAGAUUGCAAUACUUUGACAGAAGCUGAAUUUGAGCCAAUUUCUAUCACAGAUGUAGAAUCAAAUACUGGGGAUUUAUCAGCACCGGAAAGUCAAAACAGUCAAACAACACCUGAACAACAAAAGAAAUGUGAAAUUGAAGAAAAUUUUGUAUCUUCUACCCCUUUAACUAAACCAAAAAGAAUAAAAAGGAGAAGGAAAGUUCGUUUUAAUAAAUUAAGAGAAGUUCGUCGUUGGCCAGAAAGUUUAAGUGAAGCUGCAACAUUGGCAAGAUUACCUUAUAAUAAAGCUAAAGAAGUUGCAAAAAGUGAUUUUUGUUCAAAAUUUUGUGGUUCUUUUAAAUUGGAUCCGAAUUCUGAUAUGUUUGUUUAUUGUGUUUAUUUUGCACCUUUGUGGUUACUUUCAUUUGUCAGUUAUCAGACAGCUCUUGCUUAUUCCUCAGUUUCAACAGUUAAUUUAAUUUCCGCAUCGUCUCCACUUUUUGUUUUAAUAUUUGGAGCAUUUUUUGGCAAAUAUUCUGUGGAUUCUUUUAGUUGGUUAAAACUUUUAAUGGUUUUAUUGAAUAUGUUGGGGGUUUGUAUUGUUUCUCGUUUUUCUGGAAAUUUAUUUACAACUUCAUUAUCUCUUUUUUCGGCUUUUUCUAAUGCUCUAUAUUUAUUUGCACUUGCUCGUCUAAGCUUCAAAGGCAAAAAUGUUAAUAUGCCUUUACUUCUUGGAACUGUUGGUCUCUUCGCAUUAUUUGCUUGUACUCCAUUAAUAUAUAUUGCACACAUUUCUGGAUUUGAAUCCCAAUUACCACUUCCAACAUUUAAACAAAUGUUUAUACUCAUUGCCAAUGCAUUCCUUGGCACACUUUUUGCCGAUUCAAUUUGGCUUUAUGCAACACUUCUAACUGGAUCAUUAACUUCUUCACUUUCAGGCUCUUUAGGUGUUCCACUUUCAAUGCUAGCCGAUUCUUUUUUUCGAAAUCAACCUCCGAAUAUUUGGCAAAUUAUUGCUUCGAUUCCAAUUAUGAUUUCAUUCUUGGGUGCAUCUAUUUUAACUUCAAGAGUACAAGAAUCAUAA